AUGACCUCCGUUGGCUCUGUCACACGACAAAUCGCGGCACUGGAGAUAUCCUCCAAGCAGAACGUUGGGCGACCCACUCAUCAGAAGAAACCGAGUCAGAACAACGUUUCGAAGCUCUUGACUAAGUUUGCCUCACCGCAUCCAUUCUCUGCUCAGCCGGUUCUUACAAAGACUACGUCGAGCACCUCUCUUGCUAAUAAGCAAUCGCGGCCACCAUCCCCCGUGAAACCCCCAGCGAAACCUGCGCUCGACAUUGGAAAAUAUGAUGGUGGAUUCGAGAUUGAUAAUGAAUCUCGAGGAGAGCGGGUCUAUGGAGAGGCCGCGAGACAGCUCGCUUUGGAUUCAAGUGUAUUGGGUGAACGACCUACACGAGAGUGGCAUCUGACAGACUUUGACAUUGGUCGGCCUCUUGGCAAAGGGAAGUUUGGACGGGUGUACAUGGUGCGCACCAAGUGCGAGCCAAACUACAUCGUUGCCCUCAAGUGCCUCUACAAAUCCGAGAUUGUCCAGUCCCGCGUCGAGAAGCAGAUCCGGCGCGAAAUUGAGAUUCAACAAAACCUGCGACACCCACAUGUUCUGCGCCUCUAUGGCUAUUUUCACGACGAGAAACGCAUCUUCCUCAUGCUCGAGUUCGCCGGCAAGGGAGAGCUCUACAAGCAACUCACAAAGCACGGAUGCUUCACCGAGAAGCGCAGCGCACGCUACGUCGACCAGAUGGCGGAUGCUCUCAUCUAUCUACACUCGAAGCAUGUCAUUCACCGCGAUAUCAAGCCUGAAAAUUUGUUGCUUGGCAUCAACGGCGAGUUGAAGAUUGGCGACUUCGGUUGGAGUGUCCACGCACCAGGAAAUCGGCGGACCACUCUGUGUGGCACGUUGGAUUAUCUGCCUCCGGAGAUGGUCGAGGGCCGUGACCACUCUGAGAAGGUUGAUUACUGGGCAUUAGGCGUUCUUACGUAUGAAUUUAUUUGUGGCGCCCCGCCGUUCGAAGACCUGACUGGUUACAAUGCUACAUACAAACGUAUCGCAAAGGUGGACCUCAAAAUUCCUUCGCGAGUAUCGCCUGAGGCCCGGGAUUUAAUUGCUAAGCUUCUGCAAUACGAUCCCGAGAAGCGCCUUCCGUUGACUGAAGUACGGCGGCACCCCUGGGUGGUCAAGUACAGGUCGAAGGGCUCAUCUACAGGUCCAAGUACAUAG